UGACGCGCCGAUGGCAGAGGUGCAGCUCCCCUCCGUCUUCCACUGCCUCGCCGAGCUACUCGAAGCGGGAGGCGACGCCGCCGUCGACAAGGCGCUCUCCACCGGCGGACUGCUCGGCCCGCUCUGGCGGCAGCUCGAGCCGGCCGGAGGUGGCGCGCGCGACGCGGCACUGGCGGCGGUGCGCGGCGCGGCGUGCUCGCGGCGGGGGUGCAUUCUCGUGCUGCGGCAGACGGCGAGCGGCGGCGCGGCGGACCCGUUGGCGAGGCUGCUGCGCUCGAGCGACGCGCGGGCAAAGGUGGGCGCCUUUGCGGUGGCCGCGCAGCUCUGCAGCUCGUGCGCUCGAUUCGCGGCGGACGGCGAGGUGGCGAGCGUGCAGCCCGCUCUGCGUGCGCUCAUCGCCGCCGUCUCGCCCUCGGCGGGCACCGCACCCGGCGACGCCCUCGCCGCGCUGGUCGCGCUGCCGGCUGAGGAGCCCCCCGCGAGCUGCGCGUCGCGGCGCUGCGGCUGCUGCUCGGCCUCGCGCAGCUCGAGUGGGGCGCGGGAGAUGGGGCGAUAUGGAUGGAUAGGGGGAGAUACGGGGAGAUAUGGGGAGAUACGGGGCGAUAUCCAUAUCUCCCCACAUCUCCCCACAUCUCUAGGCGCGCUCGCCCUCGCCCGCUGCGAGGGGCUGCUCCACCUGCUGCUCCACGCGGAGGCUGUGCUGACCCCCGACGAGCUGCGCGACAAGCACGCCCUCGCCUCGGCGCUGCUCAAGUCGACGGCCGCCGCCGACGUGAUUGGCGCCGGCGCGGCGACCGUGCGCCAGCUCCGCGAGUACGUGGCGGCAGGGCCGUUUGCGGCGCAGUCCAAGGCGGAGGCGCGGCCUGAGGGGCCGCUGACGCUCUGAGGCUAGCCGACGCCCGCCCCGUGCACCCCGGACCGUCGGGAGCAGAGUGGAAGUUCCCGGGCGGCUGGAGGGUGUCUUGAUAGCGCAGCUUGAGUUGCCAGCUCCUUUUCGGAGCACGUGGAGCACUUGGAGUGCAGUCGCUAACCUCACAUCCAUUUCGGACCGCGCUGCGUUUUUCUUCUUCUGGCUUUCUCUCAA